AGCACAAAAUUUGUUACGUAAUGUUGGCAGUACUGUACGUCAAGCUUGGUUAGGUAAAAACCGGUGUUGGUGUUAUAUUUUUAGCACGUAAAAUCAAAUUGUUGUACCAUUUCACGUGAUUCUAUCAACAAAAUGCCUGCUUCCGAAGAAAAGAAGCUCCCCAUCACGUGCAGAUUGGGGCUUAAACCGCUAACCUUUCAAAACGUGCUCUUCUACUACGCACCAAUCCAGGGGGUUGUCAGCUACACAUCACUUUCCGUGAACGUCAUGAACCCUUCAUUAGUCCUAAGAUUAUUCCCACGAAGAGACAUCACCAACAUUUUAUUGGUUAACUCCCUUGUGGGGUCUGGUCUUUAUUUGUACAACCGGCCCCACCUCAGCACCUUAGCAAAGAAGGAGCGAGUUUUGUACAGUGCCUUUGGAGCAAUCACUUUCUCACUUGGCUCAGUGUUAAUUUGGGCCAUUCUGAGAAGCGUUGUUCCUGAGAAUGUACCCUUGUGUACGAUCUGUGGUGUCGGUUCAGGACUUGCGAUGAUUAAACUGGGGCGUGGCUACGUGGACCACGUGGAUAGCCUGGUUAAACCCUAAAAACUGAAAUGUACCAUUAUUCUAGCAUACCCUAUUUAAUAAUAAACCAAAAUAAGUAGUUCGUAUUUGUUGUAGUCGUUUUUAGAUCUGAGUGAUCAUUUUGCAGCACUGAUUGUAGCUACCAAAGUGUACGCAAAUUUUUUUAAUUAUUUAUUCCACUUUUGUUGUCAUGUUUGUACAAAUGAUGUUCGAUUUGACGCAAUAAACUCAUGUUAAUAUGA